AAAUCAUCAUCAUCACCAUUACCAAAUAGCAAAACGACAAGAAACGAUGAUGUUUUUAACUCAGGGAACUAAAACCCAGUUAAGCGAGUGAGUCAAUUCGUUAGUCGUUGAUGAUAACGAUGACGAUGGAUCUCGGGGGACGGAGCCCAAGCCAUGCCCAACUAGUGGGAGACUAUAUACUGGGUCCCAGAAUCGGUUGGGGUUCAUCCGCGGUGGUUUGGAGGUCAAGGCAUAGGCAACUUGGGUUCGAAGUAGCAGUUAAAGAGAUUGAUAAGAAACUCCUGAGCUCUAAAGUUGGUGAAAAUCUACGAAACGAAAUUUCCAUUCUCAGCACCAUUAAUCACCCCAAUAUCAUCCGCUUUUUUGAAGCCAUUGAGACUGAUGAUAGGAUAUACCUAGUGUUGGAGUAUUGUGAUGGAGGGGAUCUUGCGGCUUAUAUUCAUCAACAUGGGAAAGUGUCAGAGGAAGUUGCCAGGCAUUUUAUGAGGCAAUUGGCUGCAGGAUUGCAAGUUCUUCAAGAAAAACAUCUUAUUCAUCGGGAUCUAAAGCCACAGAACUUACUACUGUCAACUAAAGCAGCAACUCUGCAACUGAAGAUAGGAGAUUUUGGUUUUGCAAGAUCGCUGACACCCCUAGACUUGGCUGACACACUCUGUGGUUCACCAUUGUACAUGGCUCCAGAGAUUAUUCAGAAUCAGAAAUAUAAUGCAAAGGCUGAUUUGUGGAGUGUUGGGACAAUCUUAUUUCAACUGGUUACUGGGAAGCCACCAUUUGAUGGAAAUAAUCAGUUACAGCUAUUUCAGAAUAUAUUGAGAUCCACUGAACUGCAGUUUCCAGAAGGUGCCCUAGAAGAAUUACAUCCAGAUUGUGUUGACCUUUGCAGAAGCCUGUUACGUCAUAAUCCAGUUGAGCGUCUGACAUUCAUGGAAUUUUUCAGUCACAAGUUCCUUGGGGAGUCAAGCAAGAAAGUGGAUCUUGAGCUGGACUCAUCACUUCCACAAUCAAAAUCAAUGGUUGAGCAGUUUGAUUCUUCUGCCUCUGAGAAGAAAUCUCAGUUACUAUCUGGGCAUCCCAUGGACACAUCUAGCAGAAAGAUGAAAUCAGCCAGUUCAUCUGGACAUGGUAUAGAAUUACUUUCAAAGGAGCAUGGUUGUUCAUCCAGUGUCGAAGGUGCUCAUGGGGCAGUGCCUCUUAUUGUAUGUGAUAACAAACGGAAAUCUGUUGAUAACCAAUGUUCAUCAGAUCAGCCUAGAGUAGCUGACUCAAUGGAGUACAUUGAGAAAGAAUAUGUCAUUGUCAACCCUCAUUUUGCAUCAAUGGAGGCUUUCUCUUAUUACCUUGAGACAUCCCUGCAAGAUAAUUCAACUAGUAGGCUUUUAAAGUGCCAGGCAAAGAAGAGUGACCAGGAAUCAGCAGUUUAUGUGGAAACAAAGGAGGCUGCUGGGAGUUCUGCUAGUUUUGCAAUAAUUCCACAAUUUCAGGGAUCAGAUCCACAGGCAACAUCAUCUGAAUCAGCUAUGUUAAGGGAAGUGCAGGGACUUAGCAUACUGCAUCCCUCAACUAGACUGCAAUUGUUGCAUCGGUAUGCUCAGGCUAUAGCAGAACUAGCUCAAGAAAAGUAUAAUGCAGGACUAUUUCUAGAAUCAUUUUCGGUUGAACUUGUUGUCUUGGCUAUAUGGAAGAAAGCUCUUCAGAUCUGUGGCUCUUGGAUGACCUCUGCUGCAGAAAAUGAAUUACCCGGAAGCAGUUCAGUCAAUGAACCUAGCAAUGUUCCGGGUAGUGCAAACUUGUCUCUAAAUUCAGAAUAUAAUGUAGAUUUAACCAGGCCGUCAUCUGUUUGCAUCUGGGCAGAGCAAGGGUUUGUUGUUGCAUGUGAUCGUGCGGAGAAGUUAUCAUGUCAUCUUCAAGAUAUGGAUGCUACUGUUGAGAUGCCUGAUGCCAUGGAAAUAAUAUAUCAAAAAGCAGUCACUAUGGGGAGAAGAGCUGUAGAUGAGUAUACGGAGAACAAAGGUAUUGCAGCAGCAUCGUACUCUAAAGCAAUGCUUUUACUUUCAUUUAUUGUAAGAGAGGCGUUUAAUCUGCCAUUGAACCCACCAUUUUCACUGACUCCUGCCAAUAAGAUGCGAAUUCAGACCUACAUUAACUAUUUGCAGACCAAUCUCAGUUUCUAACAUCAGCACCAUUUUCCAAGCUGUCUGCAGACUCCCCCAAGUGAAUAACGCUGCUUGUCUAUAGAUAAUUUCAACUACAGCAAUUUUUGAAUUGUGUUUUCUUGACAAGGAUAUAAAGAAAGACUUGUCUGGUAAUGACAUUAUACGGAUAGAUUUGGACAUAUAUCUAAUGUAUAGAAAAAGUACAUUACCAAAGCUGUCUGGAGCAAAAUGAUCUAUGUUGAGGAGGAAUUACAUGUAAAUAAUAGUAUUCUUCCUCGUGAUAGACUGCAAA